AUGUCGGUCAGCUCGGGUCAGUCGCUCCAGCUGGCCGACUACCUGGAGAAGCUGCCGGGUACGACGUUCAGGAAACUCUACCUGCAGCCCUCGACGGCCUUUGCCAUCUUCCGAAGAAUGAUUCCGCCGUUGGCAAAAACCAUUGUCAUGGCCAUUCUCUACAUGCCGAAGCCCAUGUUGUUGGAAGAUUUGGACGUCUGGGUCAAGCCGGAGUCGCGAAGGCAGAAAGACCAGGCCAUCUCGACGCUCCGCAGCCUCCACAUCCUCCAGAUCACGGUCCCUUCGAAGGAACGCCCUCAAGAGAUGCAACUCACGACGAACUUCAAGAGCUCGCUGCGCCUUGCCCUCGAGGGCGGCGGCACUCACAACUCGUUCGGCGUGCCCUCUUCCCUCCCCGUCCCGCCCGAGAUCACGGUCCCCUUUCUCGACCGUUACGCCCGCCGCAAGUGGGAGGAUAUCCUGCACUAUAUCGUCAACACGGUUAACCCCGGCGGCGCCGACCUGGGCGGACCUAAGUCGUCCGUUAAGAACCUGCUCGUCGCCGGCCAGCUCGUCCGCCGCCAGGGGUCCGCCGUCGGCAUCACCCAAGCAGGCUUUACCUUCCUCCUGCAGGAGGCUAACGCCCAGGUCUGGACCCUGCUGCUGCUGUGGCUCGAGGCCACCGACCACGCUGAGGACGCCGCCGGGAUGGAGAGCACCGAUAUGCUGAGCUUCCUCUUUCUCCUCGCCAGCCUUGAGCUCGGCAGGGCCUACGACACAAACGCCCUCACCGAGGCGCGCCGCAACAUGCUUCCCAGUCUGCUCGACUUUGGUCUGAUCUAUAUCCCCUCACACAAGCCCCAGCAGUAUUUCCCAACCCGCCUCGCGACGACACUCACGAGCAGCUCUAGCGCCCUUCGCAGCGCCGGCGCCGGCUUCUCCGCCGCUCUCGCCGCUGCGACCGGCCCGCGGCCCUCUCCCUCCAACGGCCUCACGCCGGGCGGCAGCGAGGAGGGCAAGGGCGGCGGCAGCAUCAUCGUCGAGACGAACUACAGAGUCUACGCCUACGGCCAGACUCCCUUGCAGAUCGCCGUGCUCUCGCUCUUCUGCAAGCUCAAGCUGCGCUUCGCCGACAUGGUGUCGGGCCGGCUGACGCGCAACUCGAUCCGCAACGCCGUCGAGCGCGGCAUUACGGCCGACCAGAUCAUCUCGUACCUCGCCGCGCACGCGCAUGAGCAGAUGCACCGCAUGGCCGCCGUGCGCAGCAGGCCCGUGUUGCCGCCCACCGUCGUCGACCAGAUCCGGUUGUGGCAGCUCGAGACUGAGCGCAUGACGACGACGAGUGGCUUCCUUUUCCGCGACUUUGACAGCCCCAAGGAGUACGAGGUCAUCGCCGGCUACGCCUCUGAGAUCGGCGUGCUCGUGUGGCGCAACGACAAGCUCGGCAUGUUCUUUGCGAGCAAGCACGAGCAGAUUAGGGACUAUCUCAAGUUGAGGAAGAAGGCCGAGGACUAG